AUGAACAAAAAUUCGGACAAAAAAGAUUGUAAAAGAAAAAGUGGUUAUUAUGAACGAUGCAGAAGUGAAACAGCAAAUAAUUUCCUUCGAUCAUCAGGUUUAAAACAAUUAUCACGUGUCUUUGAUAUUGAAGAGUUUACGGAAUAUUACCAAACAACAUAUAUUGUUUGUCCAUAUUAUACAAGUCGUUUAUUGAUAAAUGAUAAACAAAUUAUACUUUGUCUAUAUAAUUAUUUUAUUGACUCACGUGUACGAAAUUCAAUGCAAAUAUCAAUUAAUAAUUUAAUCAUUAUUAUGGAUCGGUGUAAAAAAAACUCAUUUGAUUUGAAUUCAUGUAAGACUAAAAAACAUCAACCAACAAGUAGAUAUGAAGUUAUUCAAACUGUUGAUCGUAUACGAACAGCAUUAACAAAGCGUGUUUUUAAACAGGCAAAUUUUGAAAAUGCACUUUCACAAAUACAACAAUCAUCUGAAGAUUUGAUGGAUGUAACAAAAAAUAGAUUGAUUGAUAUAAUUCAAAAAUCAGCUCAGUUAAAACUACAUCAACGUAGUUUAGUUAAAAUAACUUAUCCUCUUCAAAUACAACAAUGA